CCACUCCACUCGUGCGUCAGCGAGUGCGCACGGCGUCCAGCGAAUGCCGCUGCUGCUCUCAGAACCUCACUCAACAGGCAUUUACGCACACUUGCACGUCGGGAUCAGUCACGUGCCGACAAGAAAUUAUCCGGGAGACAUCAUUCGGAUGGGAUGGCUAUGUUUAGUUAUGAUUGUGGUCCUGUUGCGCACCGUGGUACCUAAAUCUCCGCAGUCCCAUUUUGUCCCGCGUCUGUCUUGGUAGCUCCAUAUUUUUUGUUUCUUUUUGGAAAGGAGACGAGAAUGGCAGCUUCCCACAACGGAUCGAACCUUACCUCAAACUACACGAACCAGUUUGUGCAGCCGCCGUGGCGCGUCGCCCUCUGGUCCGUCGCCUACAGCCUAGUGCUGGCCGUGGCCGUGUUCGGCAAUCUUAUCGUCAUUUGGAUCAUUUUGGCUCAUAAACGCAUGAGGACGGUGACCAACUAUUUUCUCCUCAACUUGGCCUUCUCGGACGCCUCCAUGGCCGCCUUCAACACUUUGAUCAACUUCGUCUACGCGACCCACGGGGAGUGGUACUUUGGGGAGGCUUACUGCAAAUUCCACAACUUCUUUCCGGUCACGUCCGUGUUCGCCAGCAUUUACUCCAUGACUGCAAUCGCCGUGGACAGGUACAUGGCCAUUAUCCACCCACUAAAGCCUCGUUUGUCAGCCAAGGCCACCACCGGAGUCAUUGCCUGCAUCUGGAGUCUGGCCGUGGUUCUGGCCUUUCCUCUCUGCUACUUCUCCAGAAUUCGAGUUCUGCCUCGCAGGACCUUGUGCUUUGUGGCGUGGCCCCGUGUGGAAGACGACCCUGUCAUGUACCACAUCAUAGUGACAGUGCUGGUCUAUGUGCUGCCUUUGGUGGUGAUGGGCAUCACCUAUUCUAUUGUGGGAGUCACAUUGUGGGGAGGGGAGAUACCUGGAGAUUCGUCUGACAACUAUCACGGACAACUGCGAGCUAAGAGAAAGGUGGUGAAGAUGAUGAUCAUCGUCCUGGUGACCUUUGCACUCUGCUGGCUGCCCUAUCAUAUCUACUUCAUUGUAACGGGCCUCAACAAGCAUCUGGUCAAGUGGAAGUCCAUCCAGCAAGUUUACCUGUCUGUGCUGUGGUUGGCCAUGAGCUCCACCAUGUACAAUCCUAUUAUCUAUUGUUGCCUGAACAGCAGGUUUCGUGCUGGCUUCAAGCGAGCUUUUCGCUGGUGCCCUUUCAUCAAGGUGUCCAGCUACGACGAGUUGGAACUUCGCGCGACCCGGCAGCACCCAAUGCGGCAGAGCAGCAUGUACACGCUCUCCAGAAUGGACACCACCAUGGUCGUGGUUUACGACUCUGCCGAUGGUGAUGCCGGUGGCUCCGGAAGGAAGUGGUCACUGUCCUCCAGGAAGAAAAGCUACAUCACGUCUCGCCACACAACUGCCUCGUGUAGCAUUGGAAGCAUAAAAACCCCAAAUGGCAGCACCGCAACUCCUCAAAGUGAGCAAUUCUCUUGAGUAGUACUGUAAUUUCUUGAGAAUACCACGCGCUUGUAUUAAUAGUGUACACAAGUGUGUUAUUCCCCCGCCCGCUCCAAAUUGUCCCAUCAAAAGCUGAUUGUCCUUUGUACUAUGUAACUAUCAGCUGCUCCACCGAUUUGAUGGGAAUUCUCUUACCUUGCUAACAGUUUUGGGAAGACUCGAGCCUUCGUCUGAGUUGUGGCCAUUCCUGGUGUGAGAUGAAA